CAAUGGUCCCUCCCUCACCCUGCCCGUUCCAUGCGAUGACCUUAGGUUUACAAAGGUCUUCAUCCUUUUCCAUUUGGGUUUUAGAUGUUGUCGCCAUCACCUUCGAAGGUCACUGGCAGCCCGACUGCGGCGUGCAUGUGUCGCCGAUAAUCCAUCACUGAGUGUGUCCUUCGGGACGUCACUCGAUCCUCCACGUCAGACAACCAUGGGCGACAGUAAGAGCCGCUACGAACAUUUGCCAAUCCCGACUUAUGAGGAAGCCACUUCAUCUCGUCCGACUUCUUCUCAAUCCAGGCUGGGUCCUGAAGAGAUCAGCGACGAUGCUGAGAGGCAGGGUCUCCUUCGCGGUGACAAUGGCAACUACCAACCCCCGACCGUCGAGUCCGCGCGGCCUAGUCUUGACUCGCUCGAUGGCCUUGAACAUGAUGAAGAGGAGGAAGUCCGCCGGGAGAUGCAGCAGAUGGAUAUAGAAGAUCCUGGCAGCGACUCCUCUUCGAAUCGCUCCCUCCUCCGAUACCGUCUAUCCAAACGAUUUUCGACCUUCACCAACUCCUUUUCUUCGCUCACCCUCCCAUCCUUCCGUUCAUACUUUUCGAAUUUUUCGUGGCCACGCAUAAAUUACCAGUCCCUCGAUACGAAUCGAGUGGUCAUUAUAGGGCGAUUGUUUGGUGUUUUCUUGAUUAUGGGGGUGUUGUAUAUAUUGAUUGCGUCGGAUGUGUUAUCAUUUACGAAGAACAGAAUGGGGAUGGGCCAAAUGUACGACCCAGAGUCAAUACGAAUAUUCAUUCAAAACCACAUGAACGAUCACGGGCAUAUGCAAAAAUAUCUGGAGCACAUAACCGACUUUCCACACGUUGCAGGCACCGAGGGCAAUUAUGUUCUUGGAGAAUGGGUCAUGGAAUUGUUCAAGUCUUCGGAACUUGAAGACGUGAACAUGGAACGAUUUGAUGUCUACUUGAACUAUCCCCGCAAGGAUGGCAGACGAGUCGCAAUCGUCGAACCCGAAGAGGCAAAAUGGGAGGCCAGGAUCGAGGAAGAUCAGGAACGGUCUUUUGUCUUUCACGGACAUUCCAAGUCGGGUGACGUGACUGGACCUCUAGUAUAUGCCAAUUUUGGCUCGAGAGAAGACUUCAAGACGCUGGAAGAGAAGGGAAUUUCGGUCAAGGAUGCCAUCGUCCUCGUCAGAUACUAUGGCUCUCAGGGCGACAGGGCUUUGAAAGUCAAGGCUGCCGAACUUGCAGGUGCCGCAGGCUGUAUCAUCUACUCUGACCCGAGCCAGGAUGGGUUUGUCCAAGGGCCAACGUUUCCGGAUGGGCGAUUCAUGCCGGCAGAUGGGGUGCAGAGGGGCGCCGUUAGUCUGAUGUCUUGGGUGGUCGGAGACGUCCUCACACCAGGCUGGGCGUCAACCCCGGGUAACAAACAAGUUCUCAAGGCCGAGGAUAGCCCUGGACUCAACAAGAUCCCAUCCAUCCCACUCUCGUGGAACGAUGCUAAACACCUCCUUGAGGCUAUCAAGGGCCACGGUGAUCGAAUGACCGAUGUCUGGAAAGGGACACCCGACACAGACUACUGGACCGGAAAUCAAGAUUCUCCGAAAGUAAACCUGAAAAACAUACAAGAUGAUGAAUUCAAGCAGCCCAUCUACAAUGUCCUCGGCAAAAUCACCGGCUGGGAACGACCUGAAAAAAGAGUCAUUGUCGGCAACCAUCGUGAUGCCUGGUGUACCGGUGCCGCUGACCCUGGCAGCGGAACAGCAGUCAUGCUCGAGGUCAUCCGCAUCUUUGGUGAGUUGCGUCGCCUUGGAUGGCGGCCCCUUCGCACCAUUGAGUUCGCCAGCUGGGAUGGGGAAGAGUAUAAUCUUAUCGGAAGCACUGAGCACGUCGAGAAUCGCAUGGCCGAGCUGCGAGCCGAAGGCGUCGCAUAUCUGAACGUCGAUGUCGGCGUGUCGGGCCCGGACUUCCACGCCGCUGCGUCGCCGGUGUACGAGCGCAUGCUCUUGCACGUGCUUGACCGCGUGGGUGAUCCCGCAUCGGGCAAAUCGAUCGGCGAGAUGUGGACCACGGGCGGCCGUGGACUUGAGGGACUCGGCGCGGGAAGUGACUACGUCGCGUUCCAAGACAUGGCAGGCACGUCGUCCAUCGACAUGUUCUUCAAGGGCCAGCGGUACCCGUAUCACAGCUGCUACGACAACUUCGAGUGGAUGACCAAGUACGGCGACCCAGACUGGAAGUAUCACAAAGCCAUGGGCGAGAUCUGGGCACUCAUGAUUCUCGAACUGGCAGACAAGCCGCUCUUGCCGUUUGACCUGAACGCCUACGCAAAGAGCGUGGCGAAGUACGUCGACGAUCUAGACAAAUACGUCAACGAUGCGGCAUUGGCCGUCGGCGCAGGUGGCAUCAGCGUCGACCCUCUGCGUAAAGCGUCCGACUUCUUCACGGAACAGGCAAAGGCGUUCCACGUCUUUGACGGUCACUGGCGUGACUUUGUCUUUGGGUCCGGUGGGUUCGAGAGCGCCGCCAUGUCCACGGCCCGGGCGGAACAUAACGACCGCUUGAUCCAUUUCGAGACGGACUUGUUGGACCUGGCUGACUUUGGCGGGCUCGUGAACCGGACGCAGUUCAAACAUGUCAUCUACGCUCCGCAGUUGUGGUCCGGAUACGACGAGGCGUAUUUCCCUGGCGUCAGAGACGCCGUGGAUGCUGGUGACUGGGACGAGGUGCGCCAUCAGAUCGAGAAAGUGAGCGGUAUACUUGAAGAGGCUGCGAAAAAGCUGAAUGGAUGAUUAUUGAUAUACUACCUGCCAUGCGAGGUAUGUGUGUGUACACGUGUUGUGUCAUAUCAGUCCUGUCUGACUACGUAGUCAGUCAGACGUAGUGUGGCACCGUUUCGCUUUUCCGUUAUAUUUGCAAUGUUCAUUUCCUCAAUGUCAAUAGUCCUUGUCCGAAUAAAAUACAGUAGCUAUCUGGGUUUGUUUCUGUUCUGUUGUCAUUGCGUAUUUAAGAGGGAAGAGGAAGAAUUCUCUGAUCAUGGACGUAUGAGUAACAGUGCAGACAAGACUUUGC